CGUGAAACUAUGUGGAAAUGGGGUAGUGGAGAUGAUUCUCCUUCCAAAACAGUAGCUGCAGGCUCACAAGAUGCAAGCAGCAUGUCGGUGACAGAUUUGACUGACCAGCUGACAAGUACUGAACAGCUGGUAACACAGCUAAAGGAGCUUGUCAGGGAGAAGGAUGCUGAGCUUCGGAAUAAAGAUCUUCAGUUAAAGGAGGAGAAAGAAUCUGCUGAUGCCAAACUUUCCAAGUUAAAACUACAAAACAAAGCUAAGGUUGCAUCCUUAACUUCACAGUUGGAAGAACUUAAGAAACAGUUAGCAGUAUCAGGAGGCUCUGAGGCAAGAGCAGAACAAAAGAAGGCAUCAAAAGAUGGUGACCAGGAAAAUGCAGCGGCAAAUCGUGGGAAAAUAUUAGUACUGAGAAGGAGAAUUGAAGAACUAGAAUCCCAGAUCACACAGAAAAAUGAGGAGCUACGAAAAAAGAGUGUUGAGCUGGAGGCGCAGCGCUGUCGUGGGGCUGAAAUGGAUGCCAUGCUGGCAGAGAAGGAAAAGAAGUUAGCUGAAAGAGAUGCCUAUAUCAUUGAUUUACAGACAGCAUGUGGAUCAAGUGGUGUUGCCAAUGAAAUAUUCUUGCCCAAUGAAGAAUUGAAGAAUCAGCUGGCUGUUAAGGAGUCUUCACUACAAAGCAUGCAGGUUCUAGUUCAGAACCUUACCAAGAAGGUUGGAGACAGUGAAGAAAAAUGUAGCCUGUUCCAGGAACAGAUUGAGAGUCUUAAAAAUAUGCAGAGCAAAGAAAGAGAGCGUUUCCAGGGAAAAGAAGCCACAUAUAUGGAAAAUGUACGUUUGUGUCAAAAUAUUAUCCAUGAAAAGGAAAAGGAACUGCAGGCACAGAGAGAAAAGCACGAGCAGGAGCUCUUUAAAUUAGCUGCUAAAUCUGAUGCAAGUGCUGACCUAGAACAGCUACUAAAGGCCUUGAAACAGAAGCUCCAUGAAAAGGAAGAAGUCAUGCUGGGAAGGACACAGGUGAUAGAUGUCUUGCAAAAAGAACUGGAUGCCAAGGACCAGCAACUGAAAGAGAUUAAUGAAAACCUGAAACGUCUUCUGUCUGAAAAAGAAAACCUCCAGUCUAAACUGGAUGCUGAGAAACAUGUAAUGAGAGCCCAGUUAAGAGACAUGAUGGAGAAACACGAGCUUGAAAUGACGAAAGUUAAGGAGAAGUAUAAUGCUGAACUGCAUGAAAUUCAAGAGAAACAUGAAACUGAGCUGCAAGAGAAGGAUCAGGCCCUGUUUCAGCUUAAGAAACAAGUGGAGGAGUUAAGUGGUAGUGGACAGACUAAGUCAAAAGAAGAUGGAGAUCUGGAGUCUAUAACCAAAGAGAAGAUGGAAGACUUAGAAGUGAAAUUGAAAACAGAAGAGUUUUCAUCAAAGAAUAAUGAUGUGUCUGCCUUAAACAGUCGUAUCUCAGAAUUAGAAAUUGAAAAUGAAGAACUCCAGUCAAAACUGCAGUCGUUACAUGAAAUCAGAACUCAAAAUGAAGAAUUGCUGACUAAGCUGGAAGUCUAUGAAGAGCAGCAAAGGAAGCUGCAGGCUGAUCUUGACCAAGUUACAAAGAGGGCAGCUUCACAGGCCAGUGAAUCAGGUAGUGUGGAUGAACUGCAGAGUCAGCUCUUGGAAUGGCAAGAAAAUGUACAAGAGUCAGAGGAGUUGCGCGAUCCAGUCAGGGAGGAGAAAUCUGCUAUGGCUUUGAGAAUGGCUCAGAUUGAGGAGGAGAGAGAAGCCAUGGUCUCAGGGGAACAGGAGCUGGAGGAGGAACUGACCACAGUUCAAGGAAUGGGCAGGCUGCAGCAGGCAAGAAGAAAAAGCAAUCAAACCAACAGGAAGCUUCAGGAAGAAUACAACUUUGAUAGAAAACAAUGCUUUCAAGAAUUGAACACCACCUUGGAUAGCACUGAUUCAGCUGAAGGAGAAAACAUGGGAGGUUUGCGGAGUGUGGUUGAAGAGUUGGAAUUGGAAAGAAAUCAACUGCAGGAACAAAUUCUCUUCCUAGAAGAGCGUUGUCAGGAUUUGGAAGACAGAUUUCAGCUUCAAGGGAGAAUGGAGGCUCUUCAGAAUGAAAAUGAACGUUUGCAAACUCAACUCACCCAGUUACGCAACCAACAAAAACAAGAUAUGGAAAAGCAUCAGAUUUUGAUCUCUAGCUUGAAUGAGCAGCUUAAAGGCUUAAGUGACAGAAAUAGCUUCCUUGAAAAUUCCCUUGGAGAAAAAGAAGUAAAACUGUUGAGCACAACAGAAAAACUGGAACAAAUUGAAACUUUGAGGAAACUGCUUCAAGAAAAGGAUCUUCUGAACAAAGAGCUUGGUGAAAAGUUUGUGCAUGCUGAGCAAAAACUGAAUGAAGCCUUAAAGAAAUGCAGUGUGUAUGAAGUGGAGAACACUGAGCAGAAAACAGUCAUCAGUGAUCUAACAGAAAAAGUUGCUACACUGAAGGAAAAGACUUUGAAGCAAGACAGCGUGGUAGAGUUGAUGCAGCUGGAUCUGGACCAGACCAAUGAAGAGCUUGACAAAUUGAACACAAGCCAUUUAGAGGAAAGAUCUCAACUUAUUCAAGAUCUCCAGAAACGUGAAAGAGAAAUUGAUAAUCUUAAAGAAGCACUGGCAGAAAAAGACAGGGAGAUGUCUGUCUUGUCUCUGAAUAUGACAGAGUAUUCUGAACAGGUUAUCAUCCUGAAGCAUCAGGUGCAGUGCAAAGAGGAAGAAAUAAGAGGCAUGGAAGAGGCUUUAUCAAAGGCUGAAAGGGAAACUCAUUUACUGAAAGAAGUACAAACAGCUGAUGUAAGAGAUGCAAGCCUGCAGAUAUCUGCCCUUUCUGAGCAGACUAAUGCAAUGAGACUAGAGCUCGAAAGAAUCAGAGUUGAGAAUGAAGUUAAAACCAAAGAAAAUGAGGAAUUAAUUAGACAAAGCAGUGAGAACAGCCUUACAAUUAAGGAUCUCCGUUCUGAAAUCAAGGCCAACAGUGUCGCAUACCGUAACAAACUUGCUGAGUGUGAGUCACAAAUUACUUUGCUGAAAGAGCAAAUUAGUAAAUCAUCUGAAAAGCUACAAGAAACUGAGAAUAAACAAAGAAAAGAAACUGAGUAUUUGAAAUCUCAGCUUGAGGAAAGCAAUACUCUAAAGGAAAAAUGGAACAAUUUGAUUAAAGAGAAAGAGAAUAAAGCACAGACACUCGAAAAUGAGUUACAAUCGAUUAGAGAUUCAUACAACAAACUGGUUUUGGAAAAUGCUAGAAAAGAUGAAGAGUUGGCUGAGUUAUCUAGGAAACUUAUAGAACAUACUGAGCAUCAGGAAACAAUUAAAAAAGAGUUACAAGAGAAACAAGAGUUCAUUAUUUCAUUAGAGAAGAAGCUUGGGGUUAUGGAGCAGCAAAAUGAACAAACUAGACUUAAAUUAACUGGAGAUCUGAAAGCCAAAGAGACAUGCUGCAAAGAACUUAAUAACCAAUUAAAUGAAAUACAUGAACAGAUGAACAAACUGGAAAUGGAGACACAGGAGAAAGCUUCAGCUAAUAAGCAGUUGCAGGCAGAUCUUGAAGGGAAAGAGGAAAAAUUGGCAGAGCAAAUAAAAGCAAAUGAAUACCUGAAAAAAAGUAUUGAUAUGGUGGAAAAAGAGAAGGAACAACUGAUCAGUGAAAAGGAGGAUUUGUCCAAACUCUUGGAUGUAAAAGAGUGUGAGUUGUUAAAGAAAAUCCAAGCUGUGGCAGAAAUAGAGAGUAAGUUAUCUGUUAGCACUGCCGAGUCUCUAGAAGAGAAAAUCCUUCUAAAUGAUUCAUUAUGUAAGGAAAUGGAGGAGAGUAAGCUGUGCAUUGUAGAGUUGCAGGAUGAACUUAAAAAUCUUAAAGAUGAAAAAACAAACUUAUCACAUUUGAUAGAGGAAAGAGACCUGACUCUGAAAAAUCAGGGUUCAGAACUCGAAAAGUUGCACAGACAAGUUUCUGAAAACAUGGAAGAAAGUACAGCAUUAAAGAAUCAGCUACAGCUAUUAAGCAAAGAAUUAGACAUGCUUAGGCAUGAGAAGGAGGACUUUGCAAGCUUAUUGAGCACAAAGUCACAUGAAUGUGAAUUUCUUCAGUCACAGUUGGCACAACAACAGUCUGAAAUUACUUCAGCAAGGCAACAAGCACAAACAGCAGCUCUAGAAAAUAACAAAUUGAAAGUAGACAUUGAAACGGUUAAUGUUAUGGUCAUGAAAAAGUCAGAUGAAGUAGCUGCUUUAACUUCGCACUUGUCCCAACAGAGUCAUAAUAUUUUAGCACUGAAGGACCAAAUUGAUGGCCUGUUGAUUGAAAAAGAAAACUUAAAAACUGUCUCUGAAGAAAAAGAAACUCUCCUUUCUGAAAAGGAGGCUUUGAUUCAGCAAAUGAAAGAUAGUAAAUUGGCAGGAGAAGGGCAAUAUAUGCAAAUAAUUUCUGAUCUGCAAAACCAAAUCCAAGCCCUAGGUUUUGAAACCAGCCAGCUUAGACAAACAGUGCAGGAAAAAGAGAAUGAAUUUAAGAGGCAAGCCCAAGAAUUAAAAUUACUAAAAGAUAAAUCUGAAGAGUCUGAUGAGAAACAGUUAAAGCUUUUAGCCUCUGAAGCAGAACAAUUAAAAAUGCUUGUUUCAGAAAAAGAAUUAACCAUCAACAAUAUUUCAUUAUUCAGUGAGAAUUUAAAGAUGCAGCUUCAAGGGAAAGAAAAAGAAUGUGAGGUUUUAAAGAAACAGGUGGUAGAGCUGGAGGAAGCAAAAGUGACUUUGCAAAGGGAAAUACAACAUCAGAAGAAUGUAGUAAUUGAGAUGGACCAAUCCUUAUCAGAAAAGGAAUCGUCUCUUAAGGAAAAUGACAAUCUCCUCAAAACUCUGAAGGAGAAAGCAAGGAAGGAUGAAGAGAGGACAGUUAUAAUUUCUGAGCUCCAAAAUCAGGUGCAUGAACUAACACAAGAACUACAAAAAUCUAAAGAACUAAUACAUGAGAAAGAACAUGCCUUUCUAUCUCUUCAGGAAAAACUUGAAGCACAGUAUGAACUAAGAACUGAGUUGAAUGCAGCUCUUGGGCAAAAAGAGGAAGUUAUUGCGGGACUGAUUAAUUCUUUAAAGGAUAAAGAUGCCAGUAUGCAGUUGACAGAUAGCAACGUUAAUGUUCUUUCUAGUGAGGUUGAGAUUCUCAGAGAAAAACUGGAGAAAAGUGAUACAGCCGUGAAAAACCUGACUGAGGAAAUUCAGGAAAAGAAUGAGAAAGUCGGUAUUAAUCAGAAGAAAAUUGAUUCUUUGACUGGUGAACUUGACUCUCUUAAAAAAGAACACCAAAAAGCACUAGACCAAAUAAGUACAUGGGGAGAACAACUACAGCAGAAAGAAUCAUCUGUGGAGUCUCUGCGUGUGAAGUGCUCUGAACAGGCAGAUAACAUAGCGCGCUUGAAGUUAGAGUUGGACAAUAUAAAUUCCAAAUCAUCCCAAGACUGCCAUGACAAUGCACUUCUUGUAGCUGGCCUGCAGUGUCAGGUAGAGUCUUUAGAGAAAGAAAAGAAUCUGUUACAAGCAGAUGUGGAUAAACUGAUGGUGGAAAACACACAACUUGCUGCAUCUCAAAAUGAUUUGCAGAAGAAAUUGGAAGAGCUCCGAGAAAUCAAUGAAAAACUAGAAACCAGUGAGAAUUAUUCAAGAAUGCAGAUAGAUGCUGUCAAACUGCAGAUGAAGACUGAAAAAGAGAAGUUACAGAUGCAGGUUAGUGUGAAGGGUGAAGAACUUUCUAAACUAGAACUUAAACUUGAAACUCUAGAACAAAGUCUACUUGAGUCAGAAAACAAAUGGGUGACUGAACUUGAUAGGGCAACUUUACAAAAUAAUAAUCUUACUGAGCAAUUGAGCAGCUUAGAAAGUGAAAUGGAAUCAAAGGAUAGCAAAAUCCAGUCUUUGCAGCAAGAGCUGGAUCUUAUAAAAGAGGAAUUAACUCAAAGCUUAUCUCCAUUACUUAGUAGUAGGCUUUUAUGUAAAGAAAAGGCGGCACAGGCUUCAGAUUGUGAACAGCAGCUAACUGAUAGUAAAAUUCAGUUGGAAAAAAUCUCCACUCUGAUAACUACUGUUUUGAGCAAAGAAACAGAAGGAGAACAAUUGCAACUGUUGCUUUUAGAAAAACAGAAAGAGAUAGACACCGUGAAAGAGGAAUUAAAAAGUAUGCAGUCACUUGAGAAGCAGAAGGAGUUGCUUCAGAAUGAUAUUGAGAUGAUGAAGGGCAAAUAUGAGUCUGAAAUUGAAUGUCUGUCAAAAGAAAUGGUCACAGUGAAGGAAACAUUAUGUAAACAGCAGUCUCUCCUGCAAGAAAGGGAAGAGUCUUUUGCAGAAGUAAAUAAGCAGGUUGAACUUCUUCAAGACAAGAUAAAUAAAUCGGAAGAAGUAGUAAGAACGAGUCAAGAAAAACUGCACAUUGAAGGUAAAAAAGUAGCCAGUCUCCUUGAAGAAAUGGGAGAAAAAGAUCAACUCAUUGAAAACUUAACUUCCCAGGUAAAUCAGCAGAAGGAUUUAGUUUCUGGCCUAAGCCAGCAACUGAAAGAAAAGGACUCUUCUGUUACCCAGAUCAUGGAAUCUUUGUCUAAUGAAAUGCUGAAUUUUUCUGAAGAAAGAAAUAUGUUAAAUACCAAACUGCAAGACCUUGAAGCUGUCCAUAGUAGUUCUGUAGGACAGCUGACACGAGUAUUGCAGGAACUUGAGGACUGUAAGAAAGAAUUGGAACAUAGUCAGGUUACAUUAAGCAGUAGAGAAGCUGUGUUUAAAGAUUUAAUGCAUGAAAAAGAGCAGAUGCAGUUUGAUCUUGAGAAAAUUGGCAAGGAAAAAGAGAAUCUGAAAAAGAAACUUCAAGCAGCAUUGAUAAUAAGAAGAGAUCUAAUACAAAAAGUUGGAAAACUAGAAAAGAGUGGGCAGGAAGAAAUAGAAAAAGAGCAAAAAAAAGCAGGGGAGCUGUUGAAGGAAGUUAAUGAGUUAACAGACAAGCUGAAAGUAGCUGAAGUACAAAAUAAAGAAUUUGAGUCUCAUCUUGGAACUUUGAAGCAACAACUUUUAGAAAGAGAUGCCAAAAUUAGUGAUUUGACUGAAAAUCUGUCUUCUAAAGCUUCUUAUUUAAAGGAACUUCAGGACAGGAUUGCAGAACUAAAUGAUGUCAUUGCUGAAAAACAAAAUCUAUGUGAGCAGAACCUAAAAUCUUUAGAGGAAAAGGACUGUGUGCUUGCUCAUAUGCAAUCUAUGCUUGAUGGAAAAGCACGUGUGUAUGAAGAGGAACGUUCUCAGCUGCUCUUAGCUCUUGAAAAAGUGAAGUCUGAAGUUAAGAAGGAAGAAUUGUUGAAAGAUUCCAGUGCAGAAGAGCCUGGUUUAAGUGCUGGGGACAGAAAGAAGUGCCUGGACCCCAACAUUGACAUUAAUGUAAUGAAUCAGUUAAAAAAAGAAAAAGAAGCCUUACAGAGGGAGCUUUUGGUCAGGGAAGAAGAUAGGAACAAAUUUCAGAAAGAAAGGGAAGAGCACAUUAGACUUGCAGCAGAUUUUGAUGAGCAGAAAAACCAACUUGAACAACUGAAGCAAGAACAUAAAGCACUCUGGGAAGUUCUUCAAACAAAAUGUAAAGAACUUGACUUGAAUCAGUUAGAUGAGUACCCUUUAGGGAAGGAGCUGGCUUCACCUAAGGCAGUGCUGGGAGAAGCAGCAGCUGACCUAAGGAAUUUGGAAUCUGACAAACCAAGCAGCAAGGUUCAGACUGAAUCCUUAAAAGAGACACAAGACAUCACUUUGGUGGCAAAUAAAGACACCGAGUUAAUAGAACUGAGAAAUAAUUAUGCAAAACUUCAGGAGGAAACAGAAAUGUUAAGGAAAGAGUUGAGGAAAAUAUCAGUUGAAUUUAGUGAUGAAAGAGAAGAAACUGUCAACUUACACUCUUCAAGACAGCAGGAGCAGUGUAAGGGCAGUUUGUUGGAGGACAUAAAGCAGCUACAGAAGAAGCUGAAAGCGUAUGAGGCUGAAGCUAUAGACAUUAAGACAGAGCUUGUACGUGUGAGUAAUGAGAAGGAAGCACUGAUUAAAAAAUGUGAAGAGGGUUAUAAGUUGAGCCAGGAGAAACUGCAGAAAUUGAGAAGUGAAGCUAAGAAGGAGGUUGCAGAAAAGAAUGAGGAAAUAGCAGCAUUGCGUUGUUCACUUACGGAUUUCAAAUAUAAACUUGAUCUGGAAAAGGAAUUGUUAAACAAAACUAUAAAGGAAAGCCAAGAAGAAACUCUCCAUUACAAAACAGCACUUGAAGAAAUGAAGAGUGAAAAAGAAAAACUUCUCAGUUGUUUAGAAAAGUCUGAUUUGGAAGUAACUAAUAUGAGAAAGGAGGUAGAACAUUUCAGUGGAGAAAACAAAAAACUUCUGACAGAGCUGUGUAUGCUACGUGAGAAGGCUGAGAUGAGCAGACCUGCGGUGGCAUCCAAAGAGCUGAAGGAAGAUGAUACCAAACAAGUAAAGUUGCCGGGUAAAGGUGCCUAUUUUCAGCUAUCAGAGACUGAUUUCUCUGGCAAAACUAAAUUGAGAGAAGCAACAGAAUGUCAAAUCCAGAAACAAAUGCAGGUGAUUGAAGAGCCGCUGGCAAAAACUGCAAAUGAAAAUGAUUCUAAACCACAAGAGCAAAGAACUGCAGCAGAAGAGAAGAGUAGAGAGCGCCUUCAGAGAAAAUUACAGGCAGCUUUAAUAUCACGUAAAGAAGCCUUGAGAGAAAAUAAAUGUCUAAAAGACCAGCUUGAUAAGUUGAUGUUGGAAAGAGAAGAACUGGUGAACAAGACAGGGAUGCUUGAACACUUGGUAGAGCUUGGUAGAGAAAAACAGAGUUCAAGUACUGUUUCUCCAUUGUCUGAAAAGGAACACCUUGCUUCUGAAAAUGCCAGACUGCUGACUGAAAAUGAAAACCUCACUGCAGCUUGUGAAAGUCUUAAAUCCACCAUGGAGACUAUAGUUCAGGAAAAAGAGGCCUUUUCUUUCCAACUAAAUACCUUAAAAGAUUCUCAGACAGUUGAAUUAACAGGAUGGAAGGCUAAACAUAGUGAAUUAAAGCAGGAGUAUGAAUCACUUCUUCAGGCGUAUGAGAAUAUCAGUAGUAAAAUAGCAGAUAUGAGGCAAGUUAUUGAUCUCAGUAGAAAAGAGAAGCAAGAGGCUAUUCAAAGACUCAGGGAAGGAGAAUCUGAGAAGGAGGCUCUUGAGAAGCAUUUACAAAAACUCGUUGAUGAAAAUGAGGUUAUUAAGAAUCAGCUGAAACAACUUGGAGAAUCCAAGAAAAUGGAAGUCGACGAGUUACAAAGUAAAGCAGAAAGGCAGAUACGUGAGCAAGAGGCAAGGAUGCAAGAGCACCAGGAUCGUCUUCAUGAACUCACCAAACAGAAUCAUCAGCUGAUGGAGGAAAAUGAGCAGCUGAAACAAACCUCUGAAAACUUAAAGCAGGCUUUAGAGAAAAUUCAGAAUGAAAAUGAUAUCCUUCAUAACAAUAUCACUGUAACUAAAGCAGCUUUGGGAGAGCUCCAAGUUCAAAUGGAAGUGCACCAAAACGAUAUGCAAUCUAAAAUCAGCGAGGCAUUAUUUGAGAAUGAAUCGUUGUUAAAGGACAUUAAUGCAUUAAAGGAUAAACUCUCCGAAAAAGAACAAGACGUGUUUGUCUUAGAACAAGAAAGAAAUCUGGACAUGGAGUGUAAAAGUCUAACACAAGAAAUUGUUAGCCUAAAUGAAAAAGUUAAGAUUUUAGAGGAUGAUAAAUGUCUUUUGCAGGAAGAAUUGGAAAAUGUACAAGAAAGUUCUUACAAAGUAAAGAAUGAAAGAGAAUUUCUUGAGACAGAAUUGCUUAAUCAUGUCAAAAAAGUUGAUCAUCUUACUGACAGAAUGAAAUUGGCACAAGAGAAGGUGAAAAGUGCUCAAAGGGAUAAUAAUGGAAGUAAAAACAAAACGAAAGAAUUGCAAGAACUCUUAAAGGAGAAACAGCAGGAGAUAAACCAUUUGCAAAAGGAUUCUAUAAAGUUCCAGGAGCUGAUCCUGGAUUUGGAAAGAUCUGUGAAACUGUCACAGUCAAAAAGUGAAAAAUUUGAAAAGGACUUAAGUAAUAUGUCAGAGAAGCUUGCAAAGUCCAAUGAAGAAUUACAUCAUCUCAAGGGAAAGCUCUCUUCACAGGCGAACUUGUUGGAUCAGUCAAAGAAUGAAGUGGACAGGCUCACAGAUGAGAAUCUAAAUUGGAGAAAAGAACUUAAGAAAAAAGAUGAUGAGCUACAAAUUCAAAAGAGGGAAUAUGAGAGACAAUUGGAAUUUAAUCUUCAACAGUUAAAAUUGGUUCACAAGAGAGACUUUUUGAACCUGGAAGAAAGGCACGGUGCUCUUGAGAGAGAAAAAGAUAGGGCACUUAGUGAGGUUCAUGGUUUGCAAGAGGAAAUUAGCAUUAAGGACUCUGAAAACAAGAAACUUCAAGCAGAUUUGAAUGCAGCUUUGGCACGAUUAGCUGCUUUUACAAAGUGUAUGUCCUCUCUUCAGGAUGACCGGGACAGGGUAAUCACUGAAAUGAAAACCUGGGAAAUGCAGUUCAAAGAGAUCAUUCAAAAGAAAGAGAAACAGGUAGAGGACAGUAAUAAAAGAAUAAUAUCAUUACAAGAUGAAUUGAAAGAGAAGAUUACUCAGAUUCAGGAAUUGAAUAUCAAAUAUUCCGUGGUAGAGGAAACAAAGGAUGAACUGUAUUUGAGGCAAAAGUCUGUUGAUAGGCAACGUUAUGAAGAGCUCUGCAGAAUAAAGGAAGAAAAUGCAGUGUUUUUGAACAGGCAGCAAGAACUGGAGAGUGUUCUUCAGUCCAAAGAAGCAGCUUUGCAGGCACUCCUUAAAGAAAAUAAUUCUCUUAAUCAUCUUAUAGCAAAUAGUAAAAGUGCAGGAAAAGAGAUAAAAGCUCUGGAAAGUAAUUUUACAAGACAGGAACAAGAAUUGCAACAGCUUAUAGCUGAGAAGGAAAAACUUAAUGCUGAAUUGCAAAAGCAGACGACCAUUUCUGAGCAAAUGAAGAUCAUGCUAAAUAAUAAAGACAAGGAAAUUUCCUUACUCAUUUCUUUAAAAGGUGAUGAAAUCUCUGACUAUCUUAGUCAGGUACAGACUCAACACAGAAAACAAAUCGAAGAGUAUGACCUUCAGUUAAGGUCUUUGCAGCUGGAGAGACAACAAUCUGAGGAGUCCUGUCAGAGAAUGCAGAAUGAAUUGAGAAGUCUCCAGGUGAAAGCAGACAAAGAAGGUCAAGAUAAGGCUGCAAUUGCCAGUGAAAUAGAUGCCUUGAAAAAGUCAAUGUCAUCUCUUCAGAAUGAUCGGGAUGAUCUUUUUACUAAAUACAAAGAGCUGGAACAUCUUCACCAAGAUGUCUUGAAUCAGAAGGACAGUCUUCUAGUUGGCAAUGCAAGUGAGAAUAAUGCUUUGAAAGAAGAAUUGAGGAUGCUUCUUAAUCAGAUAGAUGAUCUUCAUUCUGAAAAUGCAAUGCUGAGUGCACAGCUGUUAAAAUAUAGGGAAGAUCUUAACCAAGUUUUAUCUCUGAAAGACCAUCAGCUAAAAGACUUACUUAAGCAGAAAUUGGAUUGUAUUAAAAGCCUCGAACAAGAAAAAUAUGAUCUUCAAAAACAAAUAAAAGAAGUGCAGCUUUCCAGUGAACUGCAGAAGGAUAUUGCUGUAUCUUUGGAACAUGAAAAUAAGAAAUUGGUGUCUAAAGUAAAUGAUUUAGAAUCUUUAAUUGCAUCAUUAAACAAAGAGAAACUUGUUUCCAGAUCUGGAGAGAAGCUGGUAACUAGUGAUAGUGUUCAGAAUCAAGAAGGUGUGUCAAAUGGACAGUAUGGAGAAAAUCUUCAAGAACUUCAGAAAUCAAGGGGCAGAAAUACUAGGGGUGCAGAUGAGGAAUACAGUAACACUCUUUUGAUGCUUGAACAUGGAGAUGAACCUGAUGCUUUUGCAGAGAAGAUGAUACUAGAAGUUCAGUCUCAAAACACUGAGUUGAGGUCCCAGAACGAGGCCUUUGGGAAAGCAAUGACUGCUCUGCAAAAUGAUAGAGAUAGGAUAAUAGAGGAGUUAAAGGCACUUCAAAGCAAAUACUCAUCUGAUCUCCAGACUGAAAAAAAGAAAGGAGAUGAACUUGAAGCUGAAUUGGAUGGCUUUAAAUUACAUCUUGUCGCUAUGCUUAAAGACAAUUCUCUUCUGAAUCGGGCUAUUUUUGAUGCUGCAGAUAAGGUUACACUUGAUCAGAUUGCUGCUGAAAUUGGAAAGCUCUGUAGGACAUUAGUCAGUCGAGAGAUGGAGGUUAGCAGACUCUCAGCUGAGUGUGGCAGUUAUGUUCACCAGAUUGAAGCGUUUUCCAAGGCUAUGGCCAGUCUUCAGGAUGACCGAGACAAAUUGCUGCAGGAGCUCAGCAAUCAGAAGGUAACUUCUGAAACAAAACAGGGCACAGCUUCAUUUCCCAUUGGUUGCAACAGCAUCAGUGAGCUAAAUUCUCUUAAAAGUAAUUUGGAUAUGCCUCAGAACAAUAGGGGAGUGUUGGCUAAAGAAGGAGCCAGCCUUGCAGCUGUUGAAAUAUCAAAACUGAAGACCAAAGUUGAUGAUUUGGAGAAGGCAUUGCAUCAGACAAAAGCCUUCCAAGCAGAAACUGAGAGAGAGAUUGCAUCAUACCAGAAUGAGCUUGCUGGAUUAAGAAUGGAAAAAAACCUCCUCCUCUCAGAGUCUCAGGCUCUGCGAAAUCAAUGUCAAAUCACAGUUGCUGAGAAGGACCAACAGAUUGCACAACUGCAGAAGCUACAACAAGACAUGAUUAUGAAGAAAUCAAUCUCUGCUGGCAGCAAUUAUCCAGUCCAGGUUUUAGAAACCGUCUCCCUUGCUGGAAGUGCAGAUAUGCCAGGGGAACUCAAAUGUGUCUUAGCUGAGAAGAAUCAGCUCCAGAAUGAACUGCAGCGUUGUCUUCAGGAGAUACACCAGAAGGAUCUGCAUUUCCAGCAGAUGAAUUCAAAGGUUGUGCAGUCAACAGAAGAGAAUGCUGUCUUGUCUGCCCAGUUGAAGACUCUUUCACAGACUCUAAGAGAUAACCAGCUUCGUUACACUGACUUGCAAAAUCGUUACUCGAGACUGGAGAGGGAGUAUCAGACAAUGCAAGUGACAUCUUUCCAAGGCACUGUUCAGGAUGAAACUAGAGCAGAAGUUCCCCCUGGAGCACCACGGGAAAGAUCUGCAGUUAUUGUUGAAGUAGACAAUAUGGAGCUAAAUGAACUCAGAAAAAGGCUUGCAGAGACUGAGCAGCAAUAUGAUUCAGUGCAGCAGGCACUCACGCAGCUGACGGAAACACUGUCAGAAGAGAAGAGGAGGAGAGAAGCUGCAGAAGAAGCUCUUGGGCUCUCUGAGGAGCAAAGUAACAGAUUCGAAGUAAGCAGUUACAGGGCUGUACCUAGUGAAUACACUGUUCAGAUGGAAGCAGAGGAGGAAAGGGAAGCCUUAAUCAUCAAUCCCAGUGAACAUGUUGUUGUGAGAAAGGUAAGAGGAGCCCUUUCCAUCCGAAGAUGGCUUCGAGGACGAAGUCUUUACUGUUCUAAGCUGCUGACCUCCAGAGCAAAAUCCCGCUAUUUAUUCCUCACGUACCUGGUUACGCUACAUCUUGUUGUUUUACUGUGCCUCACGGGUGUUCUCUGA